UUAUUACAAACCCAAAUCCUCAAUAGUUGCUACCCUCGGAAUUGCAGUCCUACCUUUCUUAAUUAUACAUUUUAGUGUCAUUUGCUGAACACGGGAGAAUAUUUGGAGGUCCUUUUUAUUAUAUAUAAAAGCAGAAAUUCUCAUGCUCUCUUUCUUUCAAGAUUCUGUUGCGAUCUUUUGUAUCUUUUUCCUCUCAAAGAAAGUUAUGUUUCUCAUUCAAUCAUUCAUUCAGAGUACUUUUAGGCAAACUUAGAGCAUAGAGUUGUGUGUUUGGUUGUUGAGAAAAUCCCAUCAGUAAAACUCUUAAUUGCUUCAUGUUUUUCUCUUUUUAAUUACCUAAAUUUAAAGUUUUAGAAUGGGAGGAGUACAAGCAGACAGAGGUGAAGGAAUCAAGAAGCGAGGAUGCUCUUGCACAAAAGAUGAUUUUCUCCCCGAGGAGUCUUUCCGAAGCUGGACAAAUUAUGUCCACGCAAUCAGGCAAACUCCUGUGCGGUUUAGCGACAGGCUCCUGACUAGAUCCCUGGACUCCACUGAGCUCAACGAGAUCAAGUCCCGGAGUGAGCAUGAUAUGAAGAAGAACCUUACUUGGUGGGACCUUAUGUGGUUUGGUGUCGGCGCAGUGGUUGGCGCCGGCAUCUUCGUGCUCACGGGACUGGAAGCACGUGAAAACACCGGCCCUGCUGUAGUAUUGUCUUACGUUGUUUCGGGUGUUUCAGCCAUGCUUUCUGUUUUCUGUUACACAGAAUUUGCUGUGGAAAUUCCUGUUGCAGGUGGUUCAUUUGCUUACCUGAGGGUAGAGUUAGGUGAUUUCAUGGCCUUCAUUGCCGCUGGGAACAUCCUUCUGGAGUAUGUUAUUGGUGGUGCUGCUGUGGCCCGGUCAUGGACAUCCUACUUUGCCACCCUCUGCAACCACCAACCUGAUGAUUUCCGCAUUAUAGCCCACAGCCUUCCUGAUGACUAUGGCCACCUUGAUCCUAUUGCUGUUGUUGUUUCUUCUCUCAUUUGCGUUCUUGCAGUGCUUAGCACCAAAGGCUCAUCGCGCUUUAAUUACAUUACUUCAAUUAUGCACGUUGCAGUGAUUGUCUUCAUCAUUAUUGCUGGCCUUACUAAAGCAGAUAGAGGAAACUAUAAACCAUUUAUGCCAUAUGAUGUCCGUGGUAUUUUUGUUGGUUCGGCUGUGCUUUUCUUUGCUUAUGUUGGAUUUGAUGCUGUUUCCACAAUGGCUGAAGAAACUGAAAAUCCUGCUCGAGACAUCCCUAUUGGACUUCUGGGCUCAAUGACAAUAGUUACAGUGGCAUAUUGUUUGCUAGCAGCAACACUGUGCCUAAUGGUGCCAUACAAGCAGCUCGAUGGAGAGGCUGCAUUUUCUUCUGCAUUUGACUAUGUUGGUUUACACUGGGCAAAGUACAUUGUCGCUUUAUGUGCAUUGGCAGGCAUGACCACGGCUUUGCUCGUUUCAGCUGUCGGUCAGGCUCGGUAUCUCACACACAUUGCACGAACUCACAUGAUGCCCCCGUGGUUAGCUCAUGUCAACGCAAAGACGGGGACACCAGUAAAUGCCACUGUUAUUAUGCUCGGCGCAACAGCCAUCGUUGCCUUUUUCACAAAGCUUAACAUUUUGUCCAACCUUCUUUCCAUCUCCACAUUAUUUAUCUUCACACUUGUGGCCGUGGCACUUCUCGGGCGUCGCUACUAUGUCAGCGGCGUCACUACACCAGUCAAUCAUAUAAAGUUCAUUCUGUGCAUUGCGACUAUUCUUGGCUCUUCAACUGCUACCAGUAUCAUUUGGGGACUGGGUGGAGAUGGUUGGGUUGGGUAUGUGAUUACCGUACCAAUUUGGUUCUUGGGUACUCUAGCACUCAAGGUUCUUGUUCCACAAGCAAGGGAUCCUAAAUUAUGGGGAGUCCCAUUGGUGCCAUGGUUGCCAUCUGCUUCCAUUUUUAUUAACAUUUUUCUUUUGGGAUCAAUAGAUAAGGCAUCAUUUGAGAGAUUUGGUGUGUGGACUGGUAUUUUAUUGAUUUACUAUUUCCUAUUUGGAUUGCACGCCUCCUAUGACACUGCGAAGGAAUCUGGGGAGAAUAAGGCUGCUGAUGGCUGGAAGAAGAUGGAAGAAGGUGUUGUGUCAUCACAAGUUGAACCAGAGAGUCUAAAUGCUAACAGUGCCAAUUGAAAGUCACUGUGUGUUCUGCGUUGUGCCCCAAAAAUAAAUCCCAUUGUUCUGCUUGUCUUCUCUUCA